AGAAAAAAGCAGUGUUGAGGUUUCUAGUUUAAAGUGCGUUGGAUUGACGUUCAUCAUCCAAGGCUGGUUAAGCAAAUCGUAUUGAAUUGCAGUUUUCACAGUGUGUGUUCAUCCACUCCUUCGUGUCCGCGGUAGCUCAGCACCUAGGGGAAAAAAAAAAAUGCACCUGAUUUUGAAUUGGUACCAUAUUUUUUAAGAUGUAUUUCAACACCGAGGAGGAAACGGUCCUAAAGUAAAUUUAUAAUAAGUAAUAAAUGUGCACCUGGAAGUAAAGUAUUUACAGCAUUUUAAUCCCUAUUUAUACUGUGCAUCUCAAAGCGAGGAGGAAACACUGAGAAGACAAAAGUACCUCCGAGACCCUGAGAACUCCCCCACGCCACCAUGAAUGAAACCAUGCCCAAUACAGUAACUGGAUUAUAACUUUUUUUUUUGUGUUAUUAAUUUUAUUAUCAUUGGCUGCUUUACUUUUUUGGGUUCAUCCUGCUCCUCUUCUUCCUCUCUCCCUUCCUCUUGCUGCUUCCUCUUGGGAAUUAUGGCUCACCCGGGGCGAAGAGGCUACGAUAACCGGGAGAUAGUGCUGAAGUACAUCCACUAUAAACUCUCGCAGAGGGGAUACGACUGGGCUGCCGGCGAGGACAGGGCACCCCUGCCUCCAGCUCUCUCUCCUCCUGCUGCUGCUGCUGCUGCGGAUGCUGCUGCUGCUGGGACUUCCUCUGAUCACACUGGGCUGGUGUCUCCGCACCCCGAGCCCCCUGGCUCGGCUGCUGCUAGCCACGCGCCCCCGGCCGAGGGGCUGCACCCCGUGCCCCAGGUCGUCCACCUCACCCUGCGCCAGGCGGGGGACGAGUUCUCCCGCCGCUACCAGAGGGACUUUGCCCAAAUGUCCGGCCAGCUGCACUUGACACCCUUCACGGCCAGGGGCCGCUUUGUGGCGGUGGUGGAGGAGCUUUUCCGAGAUGGGGUUAACUGGGGCAGGAUCGUGGCCUUCUUCGAGUUCGGUGGCGUGAUGUGCGUGGAGAGCGUCAACCGGGAGAUGUCUUCACUUGUGGACAACAUCGCCGCCUGGAUGACCGAGUACCUGAACCGGCACCUGCACAACUGGAUUCAGGACAACGGAGGCUGGGAUGCCUUCGUGGAGUUGUAUGGCAACAGUAUGAGGCCUUUGUUUGAUUUCUCCUGGAUCUCUCUGAAGACUAUCCUGAGUCUGGUUCUGGUGGGAGCUUGCAUCACUCUUGGCGCUUAUCUCGGACAUAAGUAGAGUCACCCAGUUUAUUGUGGAUUACAAAAGUCUUUCAAAACGACAAAAUAAUAUUUUUUUUUUUUUUCUGUAGCACAAUAUUUUAUGAGCAAAACAACUUCCCAGCUAAAGAUUAAAUCAGCUAUUACUGCCAAAGGAAAUACCAUUUAUUUUUACAUUGCAGGAGAAUUAUUUAUUAAAAUAUAUUUACAUUUUAACCUGCUAUUUUCAGAAACUCUGCAAGUUGUAUCUGUCAUCACAUCGUGUUGUUAUUCUUAACUUUAAUGAGCCUCAAAGUAUUUUUAGGUUCUUUUUUUAAUAAAUGCAGCUGGCUGGAUCAUUUUCUUUCUGAAGAGCUGACAAAGACCUACCUGCUUACAUUUAUGAGGGCAGUUACUUGAGCUGCUAAAGGCUGCUUAAUUGUGUUGAUUUUCUUUGCAUUUUCUGGAUGGCUGGGAGGGGUCUGAAAGACAAGGUCAGCGUGAAAAAAAUUCUCACCCUGUCCUGCUGGCAAGAACUGACAGAGUAAACGAUUCAACAUGGUACAUACGUGGAUUCAAGAUGGCACCUUCUUGAAGGACACCUGGCUAUCCCUACAGGAGAACAGUUGGAAAUAUGAUUGCCUAUGCCUUGCAAACAUGCGUUUUCAAGUUACCAGUUGUGCCAUCACAUCAUAAUCACAAUACCCUUAUACAUGUCAACUCAAAUACUUCUUUUUUUUUCUUUCCUCUUUUUUUUUUUUAAUAGAAACAUGAAGUUAAAUCUUUGGGAUUUGCAGGAAAUUGCCGUUCCAAUGAUUUUCUCAGCAGUAAAACAUUUUUUGCGGCUACUGACACAGAAACAUCAGGAGACCUUAAGUGCCUGCUUCAACAGAGCAGAGCUGGAGUCUGAAGACCUGACCUGUGUCCCACUGUAGUGGGCUCAUAUCUGCAACUAAUCCUGUUUACUUACUGAGUUCCUCCAGGGGUUUGAAAACAAUUAGAUGCAGUCUCUAAAUCCCUGAAAGUUGAAAAAGAUCUUAAUUUUAUUUGGCAAGAAACAGACCUCAGCUGAGUAACAGAUUAGCUCUGACUAUCCUUGUUUAUCAAACUGGUCACCAAAAUCAAGUUCAUUUUCAUAACAGGAAAAGAAAGUGAGCUUUAUCCUUCUGCCCCUCGCCCUUCAAAAUUAUUUCAUGCUAAUAAUUUCCUAAGACUGUCUAC